UGGCAAAUUUAGAGUAUAAACGUAAACUGCUUAUGCAAACUGUUUCAUAAACAUUAUUUAUCUUUAAUAAAAUAUGAUGAAUGUCAGGAACAAACAGUUGUGGUAUUAUUUCAGAGCAAUCACGGGACACGCUGAGAGGGGAACGGAAUGCGCUGCGGCUGCUGCUUGACGUCGGAACCUAAUCGCAGACGCACUAGGAAGAGUUGUUUACAAACAGUUUACUGUCCGAAACAAGAAGGAAAACGUUGUUUACAAAGUACCCAGUGUAGAUAAAUGGUGUUCUAUUCAACAGCACGGAGGCCAACAACUGCCUGUAGCGGCUUUAGGUUACGUUAUUGAUGUGUGUUCUCCUGUGAGGUGAAGCUGAGCAGGUGCGGCUACUAACUUCCACAGAGGUGCUCGGUCAGCAGGACACAUGGCAGAGGAAGCCAACAAGCUGACACUGAGGCGCCUGGAGGCUCCGAUCCACAAGUUCAUUAAAGUGGCCCUGCCCACGGACCUGGAGCGGCUGCAGAAACACCACAGCAACAUACUGAAGUACCAACACAGCCAGCAAUGGGAGCGCCUCCACCAUGAACACAUCAACGCCAGCAGGACUGUCCAGCUGAGAGCAAACAUCAAGGAGAUGGAGAAGCUGUGCAGUCGGGUUCGUGCCGAAGACGCCGCCGCUCUGGAAGCCCUCGUCAGGCCGGUCAGAGACAGAGCGUCAGCCGCCGCACAAGACUUCCUGCUUCUGCACUCUAACCCCGUCGCUGCACCACCACCUGCCGCUCAGACGUCCAGCUGUGGAUCCGGUGGACGCCACGCCGAUGACGAAGUGGACGAGGAGCCGGCGUCUGGCAGGCAAAUUCAGCUCCACCUCCCAGAGAUCCCUGCUGAACAGAGUGCAGCUGAGUCCUGGGAUAACCUGGAGGAGGAUCUGAAGGAGCUGAGUGGUUUGGUGACGGAGUUCUCGCUGCUUGUCCAUUCCCAGCAGGAGAAGAUUGACAGCAUAGAGGACAACGUCAACACAGCCGCUGCCAACGUGGAGGAGGGGACCAAGAGCCUGGGGAAGGCGGUGGGCUACAAGUUGGCAGUGUUGCCGGUUGCCGGGGCGUUGCUGGGCGGCGUAUUGGGAGGCCCGCUCGGCCUGCUGGCUGGGUUCAAAGCUGCAGGGGUGGCGGCCGCUCUGGGAGGGGGCGCCCUGGGGUUCGCUGGUGGUAACUUGGUCCAAAAGCACCGCCGAGGACUGUUGGAUCUGCAGAUGAAGCAGCUGACAGCGCCGCCGCCACCGGACGAACCAGAGCCAAGCAAAGACAAAUGACCCGUUAGGCCCGGUUCAGUCCAGCUGCUGGUUAAUCACUGAGGCUCCUGAAAGCAACCGACGGACUCAGACGUCGCUAAGCACUGCUGUUACCGAGCACUGUGUCCAACAAGCAUGUAAUAACAGCCUUACUUUAGAGUCAGAUACGCUGACGUUCGAGUGGUGUUUCUGUGGGGACGUAAAUCUAAUUUUUCUACACACAAGUUUUUUGUUUUUUUUAUUCAGCAUAACAGCUAUUUACACUACAGCUUUUAGUGUGUGGUCGGCCAUGAGCACAACUCUUUACUGAAGACAAAUGAUGUUUGGUACCAAAUAAAUCAACCAAACAGACCCAGCUACAAGAGUACACUUGAGCUGUGUUCCUUAAGCUAACUUCUUCUCUACAAUUCAGGUUUACCAGCGGUCACGCCUCCAUGUUCCUUUAUGCAGAAAAUGAUGUGAGCAGCUGGAGCAGCCUGAUGUGAAAAAGUGUUGCUAUAUUUAUGUGAAGUACGUUGUACAGUUACAAUGGUGCAGUAUCACUUCAUUGUCAAAUGAUUGAAAACUAGAUCGCCUGACAGCAACUGAUUACUACCAAGUUGGACAGUAAGUUAGUUGUUCUUAUAUAAAAUUGAAAAGAAAAAUUUAGAUUUACUCGAGUAAAAACACAAGCCGCACAGUCGGAACAUAGUCGUGCUGUAAUAGCCCUCUUAUUCCAGCUUCUUUUCAGCCAGUUUUUGGUUUAUUCACCGACAUUCAUCUCUAAAUGUCGUCUCCUCAGCACCUUUUGCACUCAUGUAGCUCCAUAUCAUCACACUUCCACCUCCAUGCUUCACUGUCAGGACUAUGCAUUCACCAAACAUGCUGGACUCCAUCUGACCUCAACAACUUUAUCUUCAUCUGACCAAAGAAUGUGUGCUUAACAUUCAUGAGGCUUGUUUUUAUGCUCUUUUAGCCAAGUUUCAUCUUGCAGUUUUGUGGAUACCAACCACAGAGGUUGAUGUUCUGAGCUUCACACAUUUCCACUUAUAACACCUUUUACCAAGUCUAAAGCAGCUGCCGUUUGCUUUUCACAGCUAGACUGAGAGUAGUUCACUGUCUGUGGAGUUGUUUUAGCAGAACAAGCCAUGAUUAGUGGUACUAUGACUCCUCCUAUACCUCCUGAUUACUGCCAACACUGUGUCUCCACUGGUUUUUACUUGCUCUUCUUGCAUCCAUCCUCCCAUCUUUUAAUUUUUUUAGCUGUUUUGGUAGUUCUAUUCAUGUGGAUCAAAGAUGCAGACAUGCCGAUAGACACAUCUAUAGGUCAAAAAACUGGGAAAGUUCUGCCCUUUACGGCUCAUUUUAUCACCUCGUUCAUGCAGUUGGGCUCGAUUUCAGUGACCACAGGUGCUUUCAGUUUUAGGGCUUGAAUUUUCACCAUAGUUUUUUUUUUUUUUAAUCUUUCAUAAGGGGAAACUUUCUACUGUUCAGUUCAAAUACUAUAAUUACCGAGAGCUGAUACAGUUUUGAAUCAUUUGACAUUUAGGUGAUACUGCGCAGAAGUGUACUUGUGUCUCUUGUAUACUGUAAAUUAUGUUCUGUAUUAAUGCAGCAAAAUUGCACAAAAAAGAGCCCAAGUGCCACUGUCCAGAUCACUUCAGGGACUGGAGAAUAGAAACCUGCCGUGUGUUGAUUAUUACACCGCUGUUGCCAAAUAAAGUGUCUCUUUUCGGCA